AAAAAGAAAAAAAAACAUACAAUAAUAUUAGAAUAUGUCAAUAAACAUUUGUCAAAUUAAAAUUUUCAAUUACUUCGAGUACCGAAUAUGAUGUGGGACGAAAGUGGCGACAGUAACAGCAGUGCUAGAGAUUUCCAAGACUCUGAAAAAGACGACCACGAUGCUGUGUUUAAUGAUUUAAUAGAAGAAUGCAAGAACAAUCCCGCAGGGGCGCGACUUUCUGCUCGCCUUCGCAAAAUACUUGAAAGGAUUCGUCCGGAACACCGUCGUGCAAUUUGUAGUCGCACGCGUGAUGGUUGCGCGCCACUGUUCGUGGCGUGUCGGCGCGACAACGUGGAGUUGGUGGAGUACCUCGUAUACGUUUGCAACGCCGACCUCGAGCAGCGUGGUGUGUAUGAGGUGCCGCAGGACCGCUCUACGCACUCCGUCACACCGCUCUGGUGUGCUGCCGUCGCUGGUCACAUGCAGGUCCUGCGCCUCCUCGCCGACGCGGGCGCAGACAUCGACGCGGGCAGCGACAGUGGGUCGACGCCGGUGCGCUCCGCCUGCUUCAUGACGCACCUGGACGUGGUGAAGUUUCUGGUGGAGCGAGGCGCGGACAUCCAUCGGCCCAACUACAACGGCGGCACGUGUCUCAUAAACUCGGUGCAGUCGGUGCCGCUGUGCUCGUACCUACUGCAGCAAGGCACGCGUGUCGACGCACGCGACAUGCAGCUGAAGACGGCGUUGCACUACGCGAUCCAGGAGAAUCGGCUGGCGACGGUGCGCCUGCUGCUGCAGUGCGGCGCGUCCCCGUACCUGUGCUCGCGCGCCGGCGACGACGCGCUGCGCACGGCCUGCAUCAAAGGCGCCACGCAGAUCGUCACCCUGCUGCUGUCGCGCGUGCGCUACCUGCCCUCGUGCGUGGCGGACGCCUACGAGCUGCUGGGCGCCACGCAGCUGGACGAGUUCAACGACGCGGACGCUGCGCUCGGCUCUUGGCGCCGCGCCACCGCCAUCCGCCACGCACUUGGCGUGUACCUGCAGAAGCGCGCCGCGGACGACGCGGGGCUGGCCACCGUGUCGGAGGUCGCGCUGGGCGGCGCGACUGAGUGGCGCAGCUUGGAGCAGCUGGAGGCGCUGGCGCUGGACAUAGACGAGCUGCGCACGCAGGCGCUGCUAGUGACGGCGCGCGUGCUUGGCGCAACGCACAAGGACACCCUCUACCGCCUCAUGUAUCGAGGUGCGGCAUACGCUGACUCGGGACGCUACCAGCGCUGUUUCGACAUCUGGACUUGCGCAUUGCAGAUUCGCAUACGGAAGGAUUCGCUUCUUUUUAUGGAAACGUGCCACGCGGUGAGCGCACUGACGAAGCUGAUGCUGGACGUGACGAGCGGGCGCCUGGAGCGACCUCCUGGUAUGCCGCGGUACUCCGACGUGCUCCGCAUAUUCCGGCUGGUGGCCGAGAACUUGCCGCCGAGCCGGCGCGCGCUGGCGGCGCGGCCCGUGCACAAGCGGCAGGCCGACGCCUUCGACCGCGCCCUGCGCUGCGCGUCGCACCUGCUGUACCUGCUGCUGGCCACCGCCACCUGCGCCCGCGACUUCCAGGAGCUGAGCGAGCACGUGCGGCGCCUCGUGCGCGCCGACGUGCGCAGCGCGCGCACGGGCGACACGCUGCUGCACCUGUGCGUGUCGCGCCUCAACGUCAUGCGCUCCACGUACUUCGCCAAGCCGAUCGACGUGCCGUUCCUCCGGCAGCCGGUGCUCCCGUGCGUGGCCGUAGCCGGCCUGCUGCUGCGCUGCGGGGCCGACGCGCGCGUGCGCAACGAGUCGCGAUCGACGGCGCUGCACGUGGCCGCCGUGCCGUACAACUUCUCGACGGAGCUGGUGGAGGAGCUGCUGGCGGGCGGCGCGCAUCUGGACCAGCCCAACAAGUUCGGCGAGUCGGCAGCGGAGAUGGUGUUGCAGAACCGCGGCUCGCGCGUGUGCGUGCUGCGCCACGUGUCGCUGGCGUGCCUGGCGGCGCGUGCGCUGCUGGCGGCCGGCGUGCGCGCGGGGCCCGGCGCCGCGCCGCAAGCGCUGCUGGCCUUCGUGGAGCUGCACCGAGCGUAAGCUGCACCGCGCCGCAAGCGCUGCUGGCCUUCGUGGAGCUGCACCGAGCGUAAGCUGCACCGCGCCGCAAGCGCUGCUGGCCUUCGUGGAGCUGCACCGAGCGUAAGCUGCACCGCGCCGCAAACGCUGCUGGCCUUUUUUGGAGUGCUGCGCCGUGCGCCGUGGUUAUAAUAGUGAUGAAUUAUUUAUUUUAAUGUCGUGUCGUCUGUGAUUGAAGCGUUGCCGGUGAUGUGUUAAAUUUGACAUUAACAAAACGUAAGAAUAUUUUGUUAUUGUUAAACUUAACAUACUUUAACAACUUCUAGAACUCGAAAGAACUCGUAUCGUCGUAUCUAUAUACAGUAUAUUAAAUGAAAUGUCAUAAAUUAGACUAAAAUGUUUAUAUUACCUUAGUAUACUACCUGAUUUGAUAUGCUUAUAUCGAGUUUAAAGUGAAACUAUGAUGGCUUUUGUAUAGCGAAGUAUAUAUUUUUAUAGAUAUAAUAAACUUGUAUCAUAAGAACUAUUUUAACUGUAAUAUUAAGAUGUUGGUAUCAUUAUAAAUUCAAUUACAUGGCUGUCAACUUGUUGGUCAGUUUAUUUUGCCAUCUGCAGUAAUAUAUUCGAAAACAGCGAAGUUUUAGAAUGAAUGUAAAACAAACCUAUCAGUCCGCUCCAGUUUGGACAGCUAGAGCUAAAGCGCACAGGUUACUUUUGUCAGGGCGACAUAAAAGUGUUUGUUAUCAUCACGUCACGUCUCCAAAGUGGAGUCCAUAAAGGCUGAUAGUGGCAAAACUUUUUGGAAAUCGAAGCGUCAUUUGUCGUUAAGAAUUUCAAAGGGACGGUCGUUGUCUGCGAUCUCCAUAUACUGACCAUUCUGGGUUAGAGACGCGAAGGCUAGCCUUAGCGUUAGAUCUUACCCAGCUGGUCCAUGGUGCUACACGGGUAACUGACGUUGACUGGCAUAAGGCCUAUUGCUUGGACCUUUUGCUGACAACUGAUCCAGACCGUUAUUCAGUGGCGAUCUCUUCACCGUUAAGUAAGUCCGACCACUGUCUGGUGAAAUCUGUAUCUGUCUACUCACCACCCAACCCCAGCCCCACUGGAACUCGACGGGUGUGGCGAUAGAAGUCAGCAGAUUAUGAAGGAAUGCGCUCUUUCCUUGCAUGCUAUCCUUGGCAGCGUGUGUGUUUCUCUUCUGGUGAUCCCUCAAUUAGCGCGCAAAGUGUGACAGAUUUGCUACGUCUGGUUAUGGAAUAUUUUAUUCCGUUUUCAGACGUGCCACUGUUCACUAAAGUUCAACUUUGGUUCGGACCUGAAUGCGGACGCGCUGAAGCGUUGAAACAUCAAGCGUACCUGGCUUGCGUUGAUGCUUGUAACCGCAAAGUGAGGGAUAUACGCCAAAAAAGAGAGCUUUUUUUACAAAGCCGCCAAGUCAUGCAAGCUAUGCAAAAGUCACGCUUCGAUCACAUUAGUCGAAUAGGGAACAAACUGGCUUCGUACCCCUCGGGUAGCAAAGCGUAUUAGUCCCUAGCUAAAUUGGUUGAAGCGAACUUUUAUUGGCCCUCACUGCCUCACCUUCAGAAGCCUGACGGGACGCUUCACACCUCCAGCAACACUUAGUGCCGACACUCAUAUGAGUGAUAUACGCAUUCGGCAAAAGGAAGUUCGCAAAAUGCUACACAGUCUAGACGUGAAUAAGGCUAACCUCAGCAAUUGUCCUGAGGAACUGUGCGCCUGAACUGUCUCCUAUCCUGACACGUCUGUUUCGCCUCUCUAUUGAGACUGGUCGAGUGCUUAAGUCCUGGAAGCUUGCUCUCGUGCAGCCCGGACCUGAAAAGGGUAGUCGUGCUGACCCUGCUAAUUACAGACCCAUCUCGGUUACGUCCAUUUUGUGCAAGACAAUGUAACCUAUCCUAAAUACUAGGCUCCUGACGUACCUGGAAGCCAAUGACCUUCUCAGUGACCGACAGUACGGGUUUCGCCAAAACCGGUCCACUGGUGAUCUUCUGGUGUACGUCACACACAUCUGGAGUGAGACCAUCGAGAAACACGGGGAGGCACUUGCUGUUUCUUUGGAUAUCUCGAAGGUCUUUGAUAGGGUUUGGCAUGACGGCCUUAUCAGCAAGCUUCCUGUAUUUUCUUGUAUUAUUAUUAUUAUUAUUCUUAUUAUCUUACUGUAUCUCACUUUCCAUCAGAUGUGAUAACAUUCAAGCUUAUAAAUAAAAAAAAUAAAAAUCCUACAUAUGGCCUGCCUGCUAGCCUGUUUACGUGGAUUUCAAACUUCCUGAGGAAUCGAUCGGUACGAGUGAUGGUUGAUAGCCACUCGUCGGAUCAAAUGGCUAUAAAUGCCGGUGUUUCCCAGGGGUCAAAGCUCUCAGCGACACUAUUUCUGCUGCACAUUAAUAAUCUGUUGAUGCCCGGUAUCCAUAGGUACGCAGAUGAUUGCACAGUCGCCGAGAGCUACAAGUCCAACGCGCGAGCUAGUGAGGCCCAAAUCCAGGCUCAUCAAUCAGGCAGAGAGAGGCCAUUGUAGAGCGCCCGAGCGUGACUCUUACACUACGGACACUGCCUGUGUCCGAUUGGGGCGAUGCCAAUUUGGUCAUGUUCAAUGCAUCCAAGACGCAGGCGUGUUUGUUUUCCGACAAAAAGAGGGAAUUUCAGCUACCUCCCUCUUUCCGAAAUGUGUCUGUAUCUAUAACUGACCAUCUUGACCUCCUUGGCAUUACUCUCACGGCGACUCUAAAUUUCGGCUCUUUUUAUUGAGUCCAAAGCCCAAAUAGCCGCUCGAAAACUUGGUAUCCUCUUCAAAGUGAGACGUUACUUUACUUCAGAACAACUGCUCAGCUUAUAUAAAACACAAGUGAGGUCAUUUAUGGAGUACUGCUUUCACCUUUGCGAUGGCUCUGCCAAGUUCCACUUUCAGGCUCUAGAGUUGAUUGAGAGGCUUGCAAGAAGGCUGAUAGGAGACGACACAUUGGUCGAGUCUAGGCUCCAAAGUCUUAAACAUCGACGUGUCACUCACUCUCAGUCUUUUAUCGGAUACAUUUCGGAGAAUGUGCUCAGGAAUUACACGAACUGAUUCCUCCCGCCCCCUUUUACUAUCGAACGCCCAGGAAAACGCGACCAAAGCACCUACACAGUGGAAAUUCCCCACCUACGUACGAAGCGCUUUGAAUCUACAUUCAUCAUUCGCACUGCGAAACUAUGGAAUGCUUUGCCUAAGUCCGUAUUUCCUGAUAGGUAUAAUGUUGGUCUUCAAAUCCAGAGUACACAGGUUUCUUACAAGCGUGCUACAUCUUAGACCGUGUCGAUGCUUAACAUCAGGCAAGUCAACUGUCAAACGCUGGCCUAUUAAUUGUAAAAAAAAAAACAAACAAAAAGCAGCCCGUGCGCACU